CAUCACCAGCCUGUUUAUCCACGUAACCUCUCGACAGAUAUAUUCUUCAUUCAACAACGUCACGCUGCCAAGAUGCUUUCCAGAAAAACCAUGGUUUUCAUUACCCUACUGUGUCUCACCACCAUUGGUGUGUUUUAUAGAUCUGGAUCUGGAUAUGGAUCUGGAUCACGGAUUUUAUCUAUAUAUUCAAGUCUUUGUGCCUGUGAAAAAUGUUUAAUAGAAGGUGACCCGGACUUUCGGGAGAUAAUGAAAGCAUCUCCCAAGCCCUUUUUGUCAAGAGAAUAUGGAACUACGCAAGAUGUUUUCAACUGGUGGAAGCGCCUACAGUCGAAUAAAGACCCCUUCGAGUUCUACAAUAAGACAGUGAAAAACCUGUUUGAGAUUUUUCCACCUAUUCCACCUCUGAUAGAGUCCAGCCCUGACCGCUGCAGGACUUGUGCUGUGGUGGGGAACUCUGGCAAUUUGAAGGGAUCACAUUAUGGAGCCCUGAUAGAUUUUCAUGAUAUCGUAAUAAGAAUGAACCGUGGCCCUAUCAAAGGCUAUGAAAAAGAUGUUGGGACCAAAACAACUCAUCGUGUGAUGUAUCCAGAGAGUUCCACUUUAUUGGACAACACCACUCAUCUUGUGAUGUUUCCAUUCAAGAUAAAGGAUUUACUGUGGCUCCUCCAAAAGUUCGCCCCAAGUGAAAACAAAGCUGCGAGGAGGAUAGCAAACAAGAAUUUGGUGAUGAUCCUAAACCCAGCUUUCAUGAAAUAUGUCCAUGAAAUGUGGCUGAAAAAGAAGGGCAGGUAUCCAUCCACUGGAUUUCUGACUUUGGCUCUCAGCAUGCACAUGUGUGAUGAGAUAAAUGUUUUUGGGUUUGGAGCGGAUAGUGACGGAAACUGGUACCACUACUAUGGAAAAGUGAACAAACACUUGAAAACCGGCCCACACCCAGGAGGACAGGAAUAUGAUAUCCUUCAACAACUACAUAAGGAGCAGAAAAUCCACUUUUAUAACGGAUGGCAAUAACCAACUUAGCUGUGCUUUCCUGGCUCACCUAGUAUCUAACUGAAAGAACUCAUUGUGUCUCCCUUAAAAAUACUGCAUCUGAAUACUUAAGUUUAGCAUCUCUUUUUCUGCAGCAACAGUAACAAAGUUCACUGUUAAGCAGAUGAUUUUCCAAUUGAGAUUAGACCUGGCGAUCAUUCACAAAUUGCAAUUCUUGAAUUAUACGUAAUUGCAGUUAAAAACCUCGACAUUAAUCCAAUCAAUCCACUCCUUGUUUAGUACAGCCGACGCUGAUAUUUUAAUCAUACUUAUGUUUCGCCAAGAAACUAGGCUAUUGUAAUAUUCUAAUUAGAAUGAGAAAUAAAGAGGAGAGAGAAGCACAUUGAAAACCAACAUUGAAGCUAGUAGGUCCAGGACAGGAACCUGUCAUCCUGACGUCUACAACCCCUGGUUGCCUGUGAGACGAGACAGCACAGAGAACUGCGGGGAAGAAGUUUAAGUUACUGAAUGCAUUAUUAGCACAUGAAUGUAAAUGGAUAUAGAUGAAUAGAGAAGGGGGGAGGGGGGUAUGAGGAGCUCAGUGCAUAAUGGAAAGUCCCCAAGAAAGUUUUAAGCCUACUCUUACCAAAUCUGGAAGAUGGUUCCACAUGAAAGGAGCCUGAUAACUAAAGACUCUGCCUCCCAUUCUACUAUUAGAGAUACUAGGAACCACAAGUAAGCCUGCAUGCUGGGAGUGCAGUGUUCUAGUAGGUUCAUAAGUUACUACAGUAUGAGCGCUUUCAGACAUGAUGGAGCCUGACCAUUAAGAGCUUUAAAAAGUGAGGAGAAGGAUUUUAAAUGUAUUCUGGAUUUUAUAGGAAGCCAAAGUUAAAAUAGGAAUAAUAUGAUCUCUUUUUCUAGUUUUAGUCGAUACGCGUGCAGACCAGCUGGAGAGUUUUUAACGACUUGUCAGUCUUGACAGUAUUCACAUAGAAACUGUCUCUGAGGGUUCAGUAUAAAAAUGUAAGUCUUAAUGGCAUGCUGUUCAUGGGCUCCAUUGUCCCAACUUCCUUUUCUUUUCUUUUUCCCUGCCUUUGUUGAUUACAUGAAAAAAACUGUUUUGGUCUGGGAUCCUGAUGCUGGCGCUGGUGCAAUGUCUGGUGGCUGAAUGUCAUGUAUUGCAACUUUAGAUGUCUGUAUGAGUGUGGCUGUGCCUACACAUUUGGUUUGGGGUUUUGUAGGCUGUAGAAUAGCUAGACUGUCUCACUAAAAUCCGCAUUCCUGUUAUCAUGGGUAGUGAUGUGAUGUGUGUCACAUGACUCACUACUUUCAAAUGGUUUUCUGUUUCAGAUCCUCUUUCAAUUUUUAUAACUUAUUGUUGUAGUUUUCUUUCCUUUUGUCCCCGUUUUACUGCUGUAAAGUGUAUUGAGAUAUGCCAGUGUGAUUUUGCACUCUAAACUUGACUUGACUAUAUAGUUUGAAAAAAAUGGUAAGAGAUGCUUAUGGCUGCUGUUAGUAGAUUCAUAUUUUAAUGUGCUAUUUAUAUUUAAAGUUUGCUUUAAUUAGUUUAAUGGAAUACAUAAAAUGUUAAUUAAAGCUAACCAGCAGCUAGGCAAGGUAGCACAAACUAUACAUUUUAGAUUUGGCCUGCAAGAAGUCUCACUGCUCAUAUUUAUUUAUUUUUUGAAGUUAUUCAUCAAAAAUAAAGAACUACAAUAGACAUUUUACGAAUGGCAUUUUUUGUCCUGUAUUGUACUCAUAGACUUCGAGUUACAUGCAGGUAACUACUGUACUGACAGGCUGUGGACUUUGACCUGGCCUUCCUAAUGUGUUACGUGUUAGUAAUGGGGGACAGAAGCCAAAUUACAUGGAUAUCUGAGUUUUUUUCCUAAGACAUACUUAAAAAAAUGUGAACAUGUCCCAUAAUUUUUCUAGCCCUAAACUGGUUUUGUUUCUUGGUUUGCUGUGACAAUGUUUACUUAAUUAUGGUGAGACUGUUGGGUACAGGGACGGUUUGUGCAUUAAACUUAAGUAUGGGGUAGGGGACAAGAGUUUAUAUCCUUUCUCCUCUUUUUGUAUGUAUAAGUA